AUGCCAUCCAAUUCUCUACCCCUACGUACCGCACUGAUUGGGCUCUCUUCUUCAGCCGUCACAUCAUGGGCAGCCGCUGCACAUCUGCCUGGCCUCUUUACACCCACCGGCCGCUCUAAAAUCACCAUCACCGCAUUGCUGAAUAGCAGUGUUGAUGCUGCCAAGUCGGCAAUUGACCAAUUCAAGCUGCCUACUACGACAAAAGCUUAUGGCUCUGCAGAAGACCUUGCAGCAGAUGCUGACAUUGAUCUUGUCAUAUGCAACACCAGGGUCGACAGGCACUACGAGACUAUCCUACCAAGCGUGAAAGCGGGCAAGGAUGUCUAUGUCGAAUGGCCGAUUGCUGCAAACAAGGAACAAAUUGAUGAGAUUGUCGAGGCAGCAACCAAGAGCAGAUCCAGAGUUGCAGUGGGUUUACAGAGACGAUGGGCUCCCCAAGUAAUCAAGCUACGCGAGAUUCUCGAUGGCGGAAACGGCGAUCUGGGGAAAGUACUGAGUUCUACUGUGCAGGCCUUUGGCGGCACCAUCGAAAGAGCGAUUCUGCCCACGGGCCUAGCCUACUUUACCGACAAGAAAGUCGGCGGGAAUCCCAUUGCCAUUGGAGUGGGGCAUGUUUUGGACUUUGUCCUAUCCACCCUCGGUAACCUGGACCCUUCAACCCUGCACUCCAAAGCCCAAAUCCAGCGCCCCGACAUCCCCAUACGCAAUCCAUCUACCCAGGAAAUCGUCGAGCACAAAACCUCAGAUGUACCGGAUCUCCUCUCCUUCCACGGCGCGCUGGCUCCAUCUCCCCAAACAGCCGCUGAUGCAACGCUCUCUUUCCAUUUCCGCCGUGGUCAGCCCUUUCCCGGCACGCCCGCUCUUACAUGGACUAUCAACUGCGAGCAUGGCGAGAUCAAGUUGACGUCAGCGAAUAGCAUGGUGUUGCCUGCGAGCGAACGCGACGGGCCCGUAACAAUCCAGGUCCAUGACUACAAAACCAACGAGGUGAAAGAUGUAGCCUGGGACUGGACUCCGGACCAAAAAGAAGUCCCCAUUGUCGCAAGAGAUGUCAUGUGGUGUCUGUACGCAUUUGCAGACGGCAAGGCGGAGGGCGAUGGCUGGGUGGGCCUGCAGGACGCAGCACAGUACGCCAAACUGAUGGAUUCAUUUCUCCAGUAA